AUGUCCAUUUACUCUUCCUCCUCCUCACUCCAGCAUACUCGUUCUGCAGGUCAGAUACGCAGCGAUUACUCUCCUCGUUAUGACAGGGCACAGCGCCCCAGUUACGACACUCCUACUUCGACACCCCGACCCGCUUAUACUAAUAGCCACUCCUUAUUGUUCAGUAUUAGUCCCCGGGAUACUCAAUUCCUGCAUGGCGGAAGCUCAAAUGUGAACCGGGGAUUGUAUAAUCACAGUCGCAACAGCGCUAAAAGCGAUGUAUCCAGGUCUCCAUACCCCAUGACCAAAGGGACCUCCGUACGCGAUGUUCCUUUCUUCUUCAUUCUCCUCUUUAGCGCUUGCUUCCAGGAUAGUUCUAGUUCAUUUUCGUAUUCUGAAAAGCUUGACACCUCUCCAAGAUCUAGGAUGUCAGACUUUCGAUUCCCUCAGUCCAAUGUUGACAGCCAGCUUCGGCACAAGCACCGGCCCAGCCCACUCAGCCUAGAGUCACCCUGGCAUAACUCAACACCUGCGCUAUACAAUUCAGGCGGACAAGGAUCUCUUCCUGUUCAGAGUGUAUAUGCAGGCACUCUUGAUGCCCUGCACACUGGGUCAUCAAGGAGGUCCCACCGCCCCGCGAGUGUAGUUCGGACGCACGACUCAGCGGAUGACACUCCCGAAACACCACGCACCCGGGCGAAUAUUAUGCGCAAUGUUGCGCCCAUAUUUGCCAGGAUCAAUAGUCGCGCAGCAGCCAUUGGUGUGAUGGCUACACAGGACGGAGACUUGAUCUAUCACCACAAGUAA